AUGUGGUCUUUAGACAUGUGCAUAAUAUUUGCUGAGGGUAUGCUUUGUAUGGUACCUGCAAUUACUGGAAUGAUAGGUGAAGCAUUUACAGUGGGAUCGAAGUUAAAGUACCAGUCCAUUGCGGAGGCUGAACAUAAUGGGAAAGUACACCCCUAUGUUGAGAAGAAGAAGGCGCAAAAGAGACCUGACGAUGCCAGGCGAGAGAAGAAGCCUGACGAUGCCAAGCGAAAGAAGAAGCCUGACGAUGCCAGGCGAGAGAAGAAGCCUGACGACGCCAAGCGAAAGAAGAAGCCUGACGAUGCCAGACGAGAGAAGAAGCCUGACGAUGCCAGACGAGAGAAGAAGCCUGACGAUGCCAGGCGAAAGAAGAAGCCUGACAACGCCAAGCAAAAGAAGAAGUCUGAGAACGCCAAGCAAAAGAAGCCUGACGACGCUAAGGAGAAGCGCGAGUCCUCCUGA